GCCUUCGGACCCAGCAGAGGGCUCCUCGAUUGGUCCCCCAACUCCCGUUAUUUAUUGGUCCCUGUCACUUCACGGUGGACUGACGGACCUAGGCGCCAGCCAAUCUCUCCGCAGUGUGUGAGAGGGCGGGGCAGUGCGGAGUAGCGGGGAAACUCUCGGCGGCAGGAAGGGGCCGCCGGAGGGAAAGGCAGCGUUCGAGUCUCUCUAGAAGGGAGGAAUGGAAUGAGUGGGAGCCAUCCCAGAGCAUUCACUUUUGGCCUUGACGUGUGUACUCGCAGCGCGCACGCGCAGAAGGAUGGCCAGGAUUGGUUUGCGGGGCAGUGUAACUUCUAGUCCCAACCAAUCCAGAUGCUGCUAGGGGGAAGGGGCCCAGCCUUAACUGGUGAGCGUAGCAUCUGCGCGCGGGUUUCGUCGGGUCUCAGCUGUGGCUGUCUUCCUCGUCCGCACCAUGGAGUCUGGUCUGAUCAGGCGUUUAGCCCCGCGCCUGGGCAUCGUCGAGCCGGAGGUGCUGAGGAAAGCAGAGGAGUACUUGCGACUGUCCCAUGUGAAGUGUGUUGGCCUGUCUGCACGAACCACAGAAACCAGCAAUGCAGUCAUGUGUCUGGACCUUGCAGCUUCCUGCAUGAAGUGCCCUUUGGACAGGGCUUACUUGAUUAAACUUUCUGGCUUGAACAAGAAGAUGUAUCAGAGUUGUCUUAAAUCUUUUGAGUGUUUAUUGGGCCUGAACUCAAAUAUUGGAAUAAGAGACCUAGCAGUACAGUUUAGCUGUACAGAAGCAGUGAACUUGGCUUCAAAGAUACUGCAAAGGUAUGAGUUUAUCAAAUUCUUUUGUAGGAUUCUAAAGCUAAAGGUGGACAGAAAUAAAAUGGCAGCCACAUCUGGAGUUAAAAAGGCCAUAUUUGAUCGACUCUAUAAACAAUUAGAAAAGAUUGGGCAGCAGAUUGACAGAGAACCUGGAGAUUCAGCUACUCCACCACAGAAGAAAAAGAAGACAGUGACUGAACCUUCAGCAAAGGAAAUAGAAAAUGCAGUAGAGACCCUACAUAAACCGCAAAAAGAUGAAGAUCUGACACAAGAUUAUGAAGAAUGGAAAAGGAAAAUUUUGGAAAAUGCUGCUAGAGCUCAAAAGUCUGCAACACAGUGAUUUCAGCUUCCAGACUAACUUGUACUGCAAACCAGCAGUGCAUCUGCCACCUCAAGGAAAAUGUGAGGUCUCUGGAAAUUUGUUUAAACUUUUAAAACAAAGAUCCUAUUCUUAAUGGCAAAGAAGCCAGCCUUGGGGCUGAGCAGGAUGGCUGUGAUAUGGGCGGCAAAUUCAUUAGUGCCUGGUUGACUCAGCCUUGGCUCCCCACAGGUCUGCACUCUGCAAAAUGUAAUUGAAGCCAUUUUGCUUUUUUGUUUUGUUUUAAGCAAAAGACAGUCUCCUGCCCUAUCCAUAAUAUGAAUUUCAGGCUGAAUGGAGUCUGAGGAUUUUACUUAAGUUUUUGUGUAAAUCUCUUGGUUUGAAUAAAUACAUAUAUGGUACAAUCUUAAGUUAAUAAAUAUUAUUUUUAUAUGCA